AUGAAACCAGACUGUUUGCAAUUUUUAAAUGGUAUUGAUUUUGGAAAUAAGAAGUUGUGGUUUGUUGAUAAUGAAAUUGCUAAAUACUUUGAAUUUCAAUUUGACUUUGAAAAUGAGGUUCCAGAUGGUCAUGAUGAUGAUAUUGUAAUCGGAGGAAGUUAUGAAUUUUUUGACAAAUAUCAAGUUUGUAUCUAUGUAAGAAAAUCAGAAGUUUCAAAUAAUUAUGAUUUUCCAGUAUAUUUACUUUACAACGAAUCAGUCAAUGAUGAUUUUAUGAAAACAAAGAGUUUAACAUUUUCAGAAUUCAUUCCAAAAUUGAAAUUAUCUGAAUCCGUUGUCAUUGAGCAUAACUGUUCAUAUGAUUUAUGA